UGAAACUGUAAAUUUUAUAAUUUAUGAAAUUCUUCUUUUGCCCUUUAGUGAAAUGCCUGAGGCAGGAAAUGUUGAUAAAGAAUGGAUAUCAAGUCUUGCACAACUGUAGAUUUGUGCAGGAAAUGUAUUAUGAUAAAGACUCAGUUCUGUCAAAAGCCAAAAACAAAGUUGUGUCUGAGUUGGGAGUUUGUCAGUCCCCAAUAUAUAGAGGCCACAGAAGUCUAUCAGUGAGGAUCAAAUGCAGAGACUUGGUUAAGAAGAUAGCUAUUUAUAGACACAGACUAGCAGUACAGCUACCGGACAAGAUAGUUAUAUACGAGCUGUACUCGGACGAUGCCGCUGAUAUGCACUACAAAGUCAAGGAGAAGAUUAACAAGAAGUUUGAGUGUAAUCUCCUUGUGGUUUGUUCCCAAAACAUCAUUCUUUGUCAGGACAAGCGACUGCAGUGCUACUCCUUCCAAGGAAUCAAGGAGCGGGAAUGGCUGAUGGAGUCCCUGAUUCGCUACAUCAAGGUCAUUGGGGGUCCCUCAGGUCGCGAGGGGCUCCUGGUGGGCCUGAAGAAUGGGCAGAUUAUGAAGAUCUUUGUGGACAAUGCUUUUCCCAUCAUGCUCCUGAAGCAGAGUACCUCGGUCCGUUGUCUGGACGUCAGUGCCUCGCGAACAAAGCUGGCUGUGGUGGACGAACACAACACGUGUCUGGUGUAUGACAUCAACACUAAGGAUCUAUUGUUCCAGGAACCGAAUGCUAACAGUGUAGCCUGGAAUACACACUAUGAAGACAUGCUCUGUUUUUCUGGGAAUGGGUUACUCAACAUCAAGGCCAGCAAUUUCCCAGUUCAUGUUCAGAAGCUUCAAGGUUUUGUGGUGGGCUUCAGUGGAUCUAAGAUUUUCUGUCUCCACAUCUACUCCAUGUCCUCAGUGGAUGUUCCACAGUCAGCCUCCAUGUACCAGUACCUAGAAAAGAAACUCUUCAAGGAUGCUUACAAGGUAGCCUGUUUGGGGGUGACAGACGGGGACUGGGAAGUUCUAGCCCAUGAGGCUCUUGAGGGGUUGGACUUCGAUACAGCGAAGAAAGCCUUCAUAAGAAUCAAGGAUCUCCGCUAUCUGGAACUCAUCCACUCUAUAGAGGAGAGGAAAAAGAGAGGUGAAAAUGACAACAUGAUCUUCCUUGGAGAUGUGUACAGUUACCAAGGGAAAUUCAACGAGGCCGCCAAACUGUACAAAAAAGCCGGAGGAGAACAGAAGGCCAUGAAUAUGUAUACAGACCUCAGGAUGUUUGACCAAGCCAAGGAAUACAUUGGCUCGGGAGACCCUCUGGAUAAGAAGAUGUUGAUUACUAAGCAGGCUGACUGGGCCAAGAGUAGUAAUGAACCAAAGGCAGCUGCUGAAAUGUACAUCUCUGCUGGGGAGUACUGUAAGGCCAUCGACAUUGUAGGGGAACACGGAUGGGCUGACAUGAUGAUAGACCUGGCCCGUAAGCUAGACAAGGCUGACCGUGAAGCUCUGAGUCGAGCCGCCAUGCACUUGACUAAGAUGGAGCAGUACCCCUUCGCUGCUGAAGUGUACAGUAAAAUGGGAGAUAUUAAAGCUCUCAUCAACCUUCAUGUGGAGGCCAAGCACUGGGAAGAUGCCUUCACUCUGGCUGAAAAACACCCUGAGUACAAGGAGGAGGUUUACGUACCGUACGCUCAAUGGCUCGCCGAGAACGACAAGUUUGAUGAUGCUCAAGAGGCAUUCCAUAAGGCUGGUCUGCAGGGGGAGGCAGUCAAGGUCCUGGAACAGCUAACACACAAUGCUGUUAUUGAGAGUCGCUUCAAUGAUGCCGGGUACUAUUUCUGGAAACUCUCCAUGCAGUGUCUGGAUAUAGCAAGAGAGGAUUCAGAGAAACGAGAAGAAAUGUUUGCCAAGUUCCAAGACUAUCAGAGGAAGGCUGACAUGUAUUACGCCUACCAUUCCAUUCAAAGAUAUACAGAUGAGCCUUUCACAUCACAUCUACCAGAAGCCCUGUUUAACAUUUCUCGAUAUCUGCUUCAUAUGAUCCAGAGUGGAAUACCACACGGAAUCUCUAAAGUAGGGACACUAUAUGCAUUAGCCAAGCAGAGUAAGAACCUGGGAGCCUUUAAGUUGGCUCGUUACGCCUAUGAGAAGUUACAGACACUGAGGAUACCCAGUAGAUUCCAGGAGGCUGUAGAUCUAGGUAGUGUGAUGAUCCGAUCCAAGGCAUUCCAAGACUCCGAGGAGCUCCUUCCCAUGUGUUACCGCUGUUCCACCACAAACCCUCUUCUGAACAAUGGAGGAAACUGCUGUGUCAACUGUAGACAACCAUUUGUCCACUCUUUUGUCUCAUUUGAGGUGCUGCCGCUGGUGGAGUUUGUGUUAGACAGCAGUCUGACGGACGAGGAGGCCGUACAGAUCCUGGACCUGUCUAUACCCAAACAGAAGAAAGAGGAUCGAGGCUGGAAGGAGGGGCGCAUCGGACAUGCCCAGACUCUGAGUUUAGGUCAGGCUCAGGAUGAUGAACCCGAGGAUGAGGACCCAUUCUCAGCCAAACUCAUGACCUUUGAUCAAGAAGAAACAGAAUUCCGUCCCGUGGUUGUAACAAAAUCUGUUCUACAAACUUUAUCUAGAUCAGAGGUUUACAUUCUUAAGUGGCCUAAACCACUGAGAUACCAGUUCUUCAGAUCCCUACUGCCUGAUGUCACUAUAACUCAGUGUCCUAAGUGUAAUAAGUUGUUCCACACUGAUGACUUUGAACUCCAGUAUCUACAGAAAGGUCACUGCCCAUUCUGUAGGAGCACCUUAGAGGACUGAAAAAUUAAGGAGCAAAAAAGGAAUUAGAACCCAUUUUACAAUGAGGAAGAAAAGCUAGUGAUCACGAAUCAUGAUCUAAACCAAGAAAGAAAACUCGGAUACAAAGUCCUAGUGAAAGUCCUGCCUAAAAUAUAGUGUAUGCAUCUCUCAGAAUCUCUUGUUCAACUUCAGUGGGGGGAAGUCCUUCAUAUUUCCUCUCGGCAAAUCCUGUGAUGCUGUUUUGUUAAUGUCUUUAUUUUGGGUAAAUCCAUCUUUAAACUGAUAAUUGUAUUUAAGUGUGAUGAAAGGAUUUUGUAAUUUAUAUUUUUGUAAGUUCACUGUUGAAAAGAAGAACAUUCUCAGUAAUUUAUUUACACUGAAA